UUCAUACUAAUUCUGUUUUCAUCGUGCCCUUGCGAUCAGCACUGAUCAGGAGAUGGUGAUGUCAGAUGAUGAAGAAAUAUCUCUGAAGACUGUACUGGUAUUGGAGACUCAGGAAAUUAUAAACCCUACUGUAGGAAUUCGUCAAUUUUUGUUUUUUAACAGAACAAAAGGGAAAGAUCUAGAAACAGAGGACUGAGAAGUAAGAAAUGAAAUCCACUUCAGUUUAUAUAGUGUCUUUUCUACCUGGGAGUCUGGGCAUCUUUCACAGCUGAGGCUCUGACGUACUGGAGGACACUGCAUCUGCCUCAGUGACAAGGAGAGGCGUGAGCUGGACCCUCUGGAGAGCUGAGAAAGAAAUUGCAUUUGGUGGUCACCUGAGGAACUUACCUUCAUGCCAGCGCUGCUCUGAAAUGAGUUGAGUCCAACAUUCAUGUCUGGUAAGAUGCCUCAGGAGCAAUACGCGCACAGGAGCACCAUGCAGACCUCGGAAGGGCCCCAAGUAUACAAAGUCGGGAUUUAUGGCUGGAGGAAGAGAUGCCUCUAUUUCUUUGUGCUGCUCCUAAUGAUUUUAAUCCUGGUGAACCUUGCUAUGACCAUCUGGAUUCUGAAGGUCAUGAACUUCACAAUUGAUGGAAUGGGGAACCUGAGAAUCACAGAUAAGGGUCUGAAGCUGGAAGGAGAUUCAGAAUUCUUGAAACCUCUCUACGCCAAAGAAAUCCGGUCAAGACCAGGCAACCCACUAUACUUCCAGUCUGCCAGAAAUGUUACAGUGAACAUCCUCAAUGAGAAGACAAAAGUCCUCACUCGCCUAGUAACAGGUCCCCAAGCAGUGGAAGCACACAGCCAAAAAUUUGAGGUGAAAACCCUCUCUGGAAAAUUGCUGUUUUCUGCAGAUGACAACGAAGUGGUAGUUGGAGCAGAGAGAUUGAGAGUUUUAGGAGCAGAAGGCACAGUGUUCCCUAAAUCUAUAGAAACUCCCAAUGUCAGGGCAGACCCCUUCAAGGAACUAAGACUGGAGUCGCCCACACGCGCACUGGUGAUGGAGGCUCCAAAGGGCAUCGAGAUCAACGCUGAGGCCGGCAGCUUGAAAGCCACGUGCAGGACAGAGCUCAGGCUGGAAUCCAAAGAUGGAGAGAUAACAUUGAAUUCUGCAAAAAUCAAACUACCUAACUUGCCUCAAGGAUCUUCCUCUUCUGCAGGGUCCAGGCAAAAAAUCUACGAGCUCUGUGUGUGCCCCAAUGGGAGGUUAUUUCUGUCUCAGGCAGGCACUAGUUCCACCUGCCAGAUAAAUACAAGCGUCUGCCUUUGAGAGACAAUUUGCAGUGGGGCAUCGCAGGCAGCACAAAAGCCAAUUCUGGUCUCCUAGGUUGCAGCUGCCAACUAUUUUUACUAGAACACAGAAAGCCUAUCAAAGACUUUUUUUGUGUGCGCGCGUGUGUGUGAAUAUAUAUAUAAAAAUAUAUAUAUAUAUAAAAUUAUAUAUAUCCUCUGUGUAAAAUGAUGUUUCAGUACAAGGAAUCCCAGGGUGACCCUGUUACAUUUGUGUAGCAUUUCUCUUUCCCACACCAAAAUUUACUGGUACAAUCUACUGAAUUGGGCUUGAUGCUCCCCUGGACCCUUCUGUAAUAGUACAGUCUAAUGAUCACCCCUUGUUUUUGACCAUGUUCUAAGAGUAGUGGGAUUGCUGAGCCCGGAACCAAUGUAGACCCACCAACAUACUAAAAGAAGAGUAGCGUCUCUGAUUAUUUUUGCACCACUAUAUCAGUGGCAUGAGGAAAACAGAACAGCCAAAUGUGCUCUACUGCUUGCCUAGAGUGAUCCAAGACACUUGGGGUUAAACUGCACUCUUUAAUUUUCACCUGAAGCAUAGCUCUGUGUUGGAAGAGAUGGGUUGCACUUUGCCAAUAGAGAAGUCCUAAUCUUGCUGAAUUACUUUCUGAAGGACUCUGAUUCUUGCCUGUACCUGUAAUGAAUGCCUUGUGCUAUUCAAAUGUCACACUCAGCUCUAACCCCAACCUGAAGUCAUCUCUGUGCUAACAAAAUUAGCAUUGUAUUUGUUCUUGAUAGGGAAAAAAGUUAUGAAAAUUGGACUAGAAGAGAAAAAUCUUGAACCAGUUUAGUUAACAGGUGUCCUGGAUUACCCUACGGCAACCUCUAUUACCACCUUUAAUUUUGAAGUGAUCUAACAUACCUGAGAAGGUGUAAGAUUUGGAACUUACCCACCAGCACCUAUAGAAACAAAGAAAAUCACCUGUUGAAUUUCUGUGUUUCUAUGGGUUUAUCUGGAUUUGAUGUAUAAUAUCUAUGCUAUGUUAGAAUUUUUGUCCUCUUUCUAUUCAGGACACGCAGUCCAAGAUCACGUACAUUUUGUGGAGGUUGCAAAAGUCAGAGACGCUGACAAUGAAAUAGAUAUUUUUUUAAGACUCUAGAAAGAUUCUGACAAAUUCAGAUUACUGUGAAGUGAAGGCUUUGGAUGCUGGUUCCUCUAGAAUUCCAGCCCCAGAAUCUCUGUGGUCAGAUCUCUUCACGGGUGUGUUUUUCUUACUGAAGUCAAGGAGUUACUUGAAGGCAGGAUAAACCAUAAAUCUGAUCUGGUGACGUUACCAGUGAUUACCUUUUGAGGAAAAAAAAAACUGAAAUGAGCCCAGAUCUUUUAAUUUUGACCCAUAACUGCAUCCACAUGCAUGUAAGAAUCGUUUAAAAACCAAUGUACUAAUUAGUGCAAAAGGGUUCAAGUCACAGUAAAUCUCAUGAGGACAGCAAGGUUUCUACACCACUGAGAUGCUACUGAAAAUAUUGCCUCAUGUGCAAACAUGGCAGAUCUGUGCCCAUUCCUAGCGGUAUCUGAGCAAAGCUGGUAUUCUUCAAGCAAUUUUCAAGAUACAAUGUCACUGACGGUAAUUUGUAGAAAUAAUUUAGCCCUUUCCUUUGGAACAUAUUUCCACAUGUUUUCAUGUGGUCUGAAAAGUACCAGGUUUGAUGUUCUUAAAUGAUUGAUUCUAGCCUGAUCCCAAACUGGCUGGACUCAAUGGGAAGAUAUCCAUGGCAUUUUGAUUGGAUGUUGCUUCCCAACAAAGCAACGCUCCCAUAAAAUUUAUUUCUGAAAGAGGAUUGAGUUAUCUACAUAUAUAUCUCUGAUGCUUUCAGAUUAAUGAACAAAUUCAAAUUAUUUGUUAAUGAAUUAUUCCUGUAAUUAUUAUCUUGAGUCAAUGUUCGAAUGCAAAGGGUCACCCAGGAUAACAAUUGUAUUGGGACACAGGACUAUACCAUCUCUGUUCAAAGAGGGGAAUUGUGCCUAUGCCUUAAGUCAAUGCACUCAGCAAGGAGAAGCACAUCAUAUUUAUCUUGUUAUAAAAACUAGUUUAUUUGGGGGGAGGGACAGGAGGGUGUCUUGGGAAAUGGUUGUGCAACUUACUUAAAACAGAUAUUAAUGAAAUGUAUUAAGACUGUAGGGGCACCGAGAGUGACAACUGUUGUUUUUUUUACCACGUUAAAUAUAGCAAAAUACUGUGUAUGUUACCUCUGGGAUCACAAGUGAAGUCCCAUUCAUAGUCCUACAUUUUCUAUAGAUUUUUUUCCCUGUUUCAUUUAAUACUGGUCACAGGCAUUGUAUCAAGCAUGGCCCAAUUCAUAAACAAAUCCCAUGUUUGCAAGCACAUGAGUGGUUGUGAAGAUGCAUGCUGCAGGAGGUACAUCCUGUACAGAAAACAAGUUGGGUUAACUUUCCCUUCCCUGAAGGUACCAGUGCCAGUUGGUAGCAUGGGGCUGAGCACAAGGAGUGGCCCAGAGGGGAUACUGUGUCCAAAUCCUUUACUCUGACCCCCAGUGCCCGGUGGUCAGUCCUCAUCCCAAAUACCCUUGGGCUGCUCUGCAGCAAUUUCACUUUGAUCUGAUGGUCUUUUCCACUGCGGUCUUGGAUGAGAUGAGCACCCUCAUAACUUGGGAAGACCAUGAGAUUGCUUAAGAACAUUAAUUUUGGUAUGACUGUCUGUGGGGGAGCUGUUAGAGAACAGCCUUACACCUCUGUGCCGCUACUGUUUUCUGCAGAAAGUGAACUAUGGGUACCUUAAUUAUGCCUAGAUAAAGGAGUUCAAUAUAUUCUACAAUUUUGUCUCCAUUUUUAAAAGUAUAAAAUGAUUUUCUCUGUGCAUGGAGACUGAACCCAUGCAGAGACUUGAAAAACAUUUGACUCUCACUUCAGUUUUAAGACCACAGUUCAGAUGAUGCUGCUUGGUCUUGAGUUGGCCAUGUGAGUAAUCCUCUGCUGUUCAGUGAGUGGCAAACCAGGGCAAGCAGGAUUGCAUCUAUGAGAGUCCAGGGGAAAGAUUGCAUUUUUGUUUAAAAAGCAGCAUGCAGUCACAUCCAGCCACCUCACAGCUCAUAGUUUGUUCUCUGGGGACAGUUGUGGUGUGACUAACUCACCUGCUGGGAGAGGCAGAUGAUUAAGGUUCGGUUUUCCUCCUGCCUUGUUCAGAAACCACUCACAAUUGCUUUACCUGUAUGGGUUGGUUUUCCCUGAGUGCAAAGUAAGUCACAACAUCCCUGUACAUACACUCUACCUGCUGUUGAUAAAUGCCAAAAACAAUUAAGGGUUUGUGUAUUUCUUUAUGAAUUGGGCCUGCAGUUUAGUUCAAUUGAGCAUUUGCUAUGAGGGGAGAUGGCAUUUAUCUCAAAUCAGAGUUUAGUUUUACCUCUUAGCACUAAGGCAAGGCUGGGGUGGGUGGUGAAUUUGUUCAUGCUGAGCCCAAUGGAAGAGAUGCCAAUGUCUUCGUGGCCUGAGCUAAGGCAGGAGCCUGAUGGGUGAGAAUUCAUGGCACUAAUGCCAGAGGAAACAGUGCCAGCAGCUGUGGUAGCUGUGGAGCUGAACUGACUGCACCAUGUGGGGUCCUGCAUUGCAGCUAUGUGCAUUGCAAACAUUGAAAUGCUAAUCAAGAGACUGUGAUACUAGUGUCAAUGUCCCUUAGGCAACCAGAUAAAGAUAAAUGCUUUUAUGUGUUGUAGCUCUUAACUUUACAGGGUUUUGGGACCUUGUUAAAUUUGCUUUCAAUGCCACACUUCAGUACUGACUGUCAGUGUUUAGCUGUACACCAGUACCUUAUGCAUAUGUCAUGUAUGACCCUUCUGCUGAAAAGAGUUGGGAGGGCGGGCAUAAAGUAAAAAGAUUUUGCUAUUAGCAAAAGCAGAGAUCCUAAUACCAAUGGUACAACCACAUGUGUUCUCCACGUACCUUUGCUUUGGUUGACUUUUAAACUUUUUUGAAGGGUGUUACCUGGUAGUCAGUGAAAUGGGUGGCUGUAGAGUACAAAGAUAUGUUAAAAUGAAAGGAAGUCAUUGAAAAGGGGAGGCCAGUAACUGUGAAAAUAGGUGUGUGACCUCUGUAGGUAUACAUGUUUAGAAAAUGAAGUGAUGUGUAUUUGUUUCUCUCAGUCACAUGCUGUCAAACACCUGGAUUUUAAGAGUUUGUUGGGUUUUUUUUCCCCUCAUUUAAUCACAAGUAUCACAAUGCACAAAGAAAAAAGCUUAAGGCAUUCACCUAGCAGUCCCACCUGCAGUACAGCAAAACAAUAUCUGAAUCAAGAACCCCCCCCCUCUAGAAACUACUUGAAGGCUGAGCAGAGAUUCCUAUGGAAACCUGUGAAUA